UAGACAGAUUUUCCCCAAUGAGGGUUCCUGCCACUGAGCCUCCCAAUGGGAAGAACACACCACACAGCACCCCCCAGAAGGUUAUUCACCUGUCCCUAACCCUGAUUCUCCUCACUCUAAUCCCUCUCUGUCUGAUAAACAGAUCACCAACACCAGUGCAGUCUCCCAAGAUUCAUACUGGGGGUUCAGCCAGCCUAGCAAUCAAGAAGAAAUGUGAUUUGUUUAGUGGAAGAUGGGUUCCGUAUCCCAAUGGGCCUUACUACACUAAUGCAACUUGUCGAGAGAUAAUCCCUCAGCAAAAUUGUAUCAAGUUUGGGAGACCCGACACCGAGUUCUUGAAAUGGAGGUGGAAACCAGAUGGAUGUGAACUACCUCGCUUUGAUCCUGUUCAGUUCUUGGAGCUUGUUAGAGGGAAGUCGAUAGGGUUCGUUGGGGAUUCUGUGGGAAGAAACCAAAUGCAAUCAUUGCUUUGUCUCUUAGCUAAUGUUACCUAUCCAGUGGACAUUUCUUAUAAAUAUACAUCAGAUACAAACUUCAAACGGUGGUUCUAUACUGAUUACAAAUUUACCCUAGCAACAUUCUGGGCCCCGUUCUUGGUUAAAGCCAAAGAUGCAGACCCCAAAGGUCACUCCCUUAACAACCUCGUGAACCUCUACUUAGACACGGUUGAUGAGGCCUGGGCGGCUCAGAUUGAAAAUUUCGACUAUGUCAUCAUCUCAGCAGGGCAAUGGUUCUUUCGACCACAGAUUUUCUAUGAAAAUGGUCAGGUUGUUGGGUGUCAUCAGUGCAAUGAAAAGAACAUAACAGAGGUUACCAAGUUCUAUGGAUACAGGAAAGCCUUCCGGACCUCCUUCAGAACCCUGCAGAAUCUUAAAAACUACAAGGGCCAGACAUUUUUAAGGACAUUCUCACCAGCACACUUUGAGAAUGGGGCAUGGAAUGAAGGAGGGAAUUGUGUGAGGACAAGGCCCUUUACAAAACAAGAAAUGAAGUUGGAUGAUUAUAAUUUGGAGUUCUACUUGACUCAGGUGGAGGAAUUAAGGGCAGCAGAAAGGGAAGGGAGAAAGAGAGGCUUGGAAUUUAGGCUGCUAGAUGUUACAGAAGCUAUGGUGCUAAGGCCAGAUGGACAUCCAAAUCAUUAUGGGCACUCACCACAUAAGAAUGUGACAAUAGCUGACUGUGUUCACUGGUGUACCCCGGGUCCCAUUGAUACAUGGAACGAAUUUUUGCUUCAAAUGUUGAAGAUGGAAGGUGAAAGAUCAUUUGAUGGAACGCUUCAGCAAAAAGCUGGAUGAGAGUUGGAUAAAUUUUCAUAAGCAUUUUACCAAUUAUAUUUAUUAAUUCUUGCAUCUGAAGUACAUAUUGUUAUCUACAAUUAUUUCAAACAUAUACUAGGAGAAUAAAUAAAAAAAUAAAAAAAUGUAUUAUAAAGGGCCCUAUCUAUUGGAUGUGUUAAUCAACGAGUCUUAAAUUUUUUUUCCACUU